AAACAACACACUUGCCCGCCAUCAAGCAAUCAAGUACUCCUACAAGAAGAUUGUUAGGCCACUCGUGGUUUGUCUGGGUCGCAAAUCCAGCUCAAGCUUAGGCUAGUUUCCUGCCUUUGAGACUAUACUAUUUGUUUGCCUGCCUGCCUCAGUGUCUUACACCUGUUUUUCUUGUUUUCAGGGCAAUCUGCCUCACCGCCUACAAAGGCCCGCCAGCCAGAAAAACUUCAAACAGCAAAUGCACCCUGAAACCAGCCUUUUUUCCUCUCCUCCGACACAGACUAAGGCGGCUGCCUCCUCAUUACCCCCAAAGUACCAUGGGUGCCCUCAAUUGAAAGAUGUGGAGGAUGAUUUCCCAGGUGUCCCUGUUUAGGUCGCUAUGCUGCCUGCUGUUAAUGCCAGUUUGGCUAGAAGCAACAUCUCUGGUGAAAGUAAAGAAUCUCGGAGGAAGUUCAGUAAGCAUUGACUCUGCUCAGGCUCACGAUUUCUUGACGAACUCUCGACCUAAGAGGAACAUUGACCCAAAGUGGCACAGAGGGAAUCCUGAUUUUCAGUCCUAUUACCGCUUCUACAACAGCAUCGGACACAUCGAAGGACUCUAUGAAAUCGACAGGAUCCGGAUGUUGUAUCAGCAGAUGCGUCACUUAGAGGUAACCUAUGGGCCAGAUGCCUCCAGUUAUCAAAAUGUCUUGGGUGUGCAGACCACCACUGAAGCACCAACAACUACCACUGAACCUCCUCCACCUCCCACUACCCCAGCCCCCACACCAGACCCUCUGGAGAACGCUCAGAGGAUCUAUUUAUGUCACCCCAAAGACCCUCUAUGCAAACCUCAGAUCGUCUACCUGCCAACAGGGGCUGUUCCAGUUUUGUGUGACCCACGCCAUAACCCCGCCUGCAGGCCUAAAACAGAGGAGGAGAUAAAAGCUGCUGCUCCCCCAAAACCAACAGCACCUCCUCCUGCUCCUCCCGCUCCCAAAAAGUCAGUCCCACCUCCCCCUCCUCCUCCCCCAAUCACUGCUAAAGGUAUGGAGUACGACUGUGACCCAUACUGGGACCCUGACUGUCUCAUUGAUCACCCCCCACGCCCUGAGCAGGAAGCAACAGCACCAGAGGCACCUGCUGAGGAAAAAGUGGUAGAAGAAGUAGCAAAAGUGGAGGAAAGUGCCCCUGCAGCAGCCACCCAGAAACCCCUUUACCCUUUCUUUGAUCCUUAUGAUUUCAAACGGGAUCUUUAUAACCCCUUGAGUUAUGUCGAGCCAGCUGCAGAAGAGUAGAAACAAAGUGCCUCAGAAAUUAAAGCUUUCUAUUAAGGGUCUGAUGACAAAAUGACAUCACAAGCCCAAAUAAUAGCAGGACUUUGCACAAAUCCACAUUAAAACCAAAAUGUUCUAUUCAAACCAUGUAUCGAUCGAUCAAAUGUUUAUAGGACAGACAUGUAAAACAUUUUUAUAUGCCUGUAAUUCUUUUUCAUGACAAAACAAUGUUUGAUUGGAUGUUCUUAAAAA